AUGCUGGGAGCCCUCUCAAAGGCCAGCUCCAGCGCUGUGCGCGCUCGGCUGAGCUCAGGGGCACCUCGCGAUAUCCUAGGACGGGCUUUCGCUGCCAAAGUCGAUGGCGAUACCCUGAGCGUGGAGGUGAACCCCUUUACUGCCCACAAGGUGGAGCCCCCCAGCACCACCGUCACCGCCACCAAGGAUGAGCUCAUCAAGUACUUCCGCGAGAUGUACCUCAUCCGGCGCAUGGAGAUCAGCGCCGACAUGCUGUACAAGGCCAAGCAGAUUCGCGGGUUUUGCCACCUGUACGACGGCCAGGAGGCCAUCUCGGUGGGCAUGGAGGCAGCGCUGACCUACAAGGACUCCAUCAUCACCAGCUACCGCGACCACGCCACCCACGUCGGCCGCGGGGGCACGGUCGCCGAGGUGAUUGCCGAGCUGAUGGGCCGGCGCACGGGCGCCUCCAUGGGCAAGGGCGGGUCCAUGCACAUGUACAAGCGCGAGCACAACUUCUACGGCGGGCAGGGGAUCGUGGGCGCGCAGGUCCCCCUGGGCGCGGGCCUGGCGCUGGGUCACCAGUACCUGGACGACGGGUCGGUGGGCGUGGCCAUCUACGGCGACGGCGCAGCCAACCAGGGCCAGAUCUUCGAGGCCUUCAACAUGGCCAGCCUGUGGAACUUGCCCGCGAUCUUCGUCUGCGAGAACAACCACUACGGCAUGGGCACGGCGGAGUGGCGCAGCGCCAAGUCCCCCGCCUAUUUCUCCCGCGGCGACUACAUGCCGGGCCUGAAGGUGGAUGGCAUGGACGUGCUGGCCGUGCGCGCCGCCGUGGCCUUUGCCAAGCAGCACGCGCUGGCAGAGGGGCCCAUCGUGCUGGAGAUGGAUACGUACCGCUACCAUGGGCACUCCAUGUCGGACCCCGGCAGCACCUACCGCACGCGUGACGAGGUGAGCAACAUCCGCCAGCACCGCGACCCCAUCGAGCACGUGCGCAAGCUGCUGCUGGACGCCGGGCUGGCGGAGGUGGCCGAGCUGAAGGCGCUGGAGAAGGAGGCCAAGAAGGAGGUGGACGCGGCCAUCGAGGCGGCCAAGGCCGCCGAUUUCCCGGGCCAGGACGUGCUGGCGGCCCACAUCUACAAGGAGGGACUGGGCAUGCAGCUGCGAGGCGUGGACCGCAUGUCCUGGCUCACUGCGCCCAAGCAGGAGGACUGA